GUCGCUUCGCCACAAAGCAUCAACCACUCUCUCUUUCUUACACAACACAUCCAGUAUCUCUUCAUCAUGACCACGCCGAGACACGAGUUCUACGAGUCCGACGAGAGGUUGACACUCUCCGUCUUUGACAAGGGCGCCAACCCGGAUGAGGUUUCUGUGGAGUUUGAGCCACGAAAGCUCACGUACAAGCACGGCGACAAGGUGCUGGAGCUGCAACCCUUAAAGGGCCAGAUAGAUCCUGCGCAAAGCAGCUACACCGUCGGGAAGGUUAAGGUCGAGAUUCGGCUUCACAAGGUCGCCAUCGGCCGGUGGGGAGCCCUCACUGGCGACAGUCCUGAUCCCCUUGCCGCUUUCCCUUCCGCACCCCAGCCUACCGCCGAAGUCGCACGUAAGAAGGAGCGCAAGAACUGGGAGAAGCUCAGUGCGGAGGCGCUCGCUGCGGAGAAGGAGAAGUCGACGGAGGAGGAUCCUAACGUCGGCGGCGAUGCCACCUUGAACUCGUUCUUCCAGAAGAUCUUCAAAGACGCCGAUCCGGAUACCCAGCGCGCUAUGCUCAAGAGCUACCAGGAGUCCGGGGGUACGACGCUCAGCACGAAUUGGGAGGAGGUCGGAAAGGGCAAGGUGGAAGUGAAGCCGCCUCAGGGCUCGGAGUGGAAGCGCUGGGGCUGAUCGCCUCAUGCGGGCUGUAUAUCAUGUCGAUCUAUCGUUUGCUCUAUUGUUCUCAUAGUCGUGCUUGCUCUGCCUGUCUGUAUCAAACAAAGGAAAUCGUUCGCCAACCGUAUGUCGUUC